AUGUACGCGAUCGCAGACGGCACUCAUGUCAGCCGUGCGGACCUGCCUGAUGAAGGGAAGAACUGGUUUAACCCCCACUGUCGACUACUGGGCGUCGUCGACUUUGAGAUUGAGCAGAGCCAUGAUAUUAUUUUCAUUAUUGGCUCAGACGAAGUGUCCAACCCGAAUCGUUUCCUACAAGUUGUCAGCUGGGAUGGCGAGGAAUUUCACUAUUACGCAGUAUGUAUGUAUAUCCUGACAGAAGACGGCGUUAACGGUCAUAGAUAG